AUGGAGCAGCAUGCACCUCAGUCGCUGCCUCCGCGUCCGAAUCCGUCACACCCCGGCGUGAUGGCUGUCGAUAUUACAGAUAAUUUCUGGGCAGCUGUCAAAACCCUGGCCCCUGGCGAGCUUGUCAAGGAUGGCCACUUCACUCUGUUUGAGUCCGUUGGGGCCCUCGAGAUCAUGGACCCCAAGAUGGACAGUGGCUGUCUUGCGGAAGGGGAAUCUCUCGACGAGGAGUAUAGCGUGACCCGCGAUCUUCUUCCGGAGGAAGUACUCGGGAUCAUGGAUCAGCUGCUUUGCCUCGAGAUGGCUUGGCAUCAGGGUUAUCCUCUAUCACAGACACUCCUGACGAGUGUCUACGUAGAGGUCCUUACCAAAACUCAUCCGACUACGAUAGAAGAAGUCACCUUUACCGGGAGCUCAGAAACCGAGAAGAACUUACCAACAUUGCUGUUCGCUCUGAAGGCCUACUGCAUAGGAUUACUGAAGGGCUGUGACUUUGUCAACGAGCUCGUGAAAGAUGAACUUUACUAUGAGGAAGAAGAUUUUGUCACAAAUUCUUUUGGCCGAAACAUUCUAUUGUACGACGUUGAACUCCGGCCUGUCAAUGACAUGCUCCAGAAGGCGCGGGCAGAACUCCGAGUGAUGAAUAACAAGCCAUCGAAGGACAUUGCCAUGGCCCUGGAUAUACGUUUGGAGCUACGCAUAGCCUUCCUGCGGGCCAUGGAACUUUCAGCUCUCCGCACUGCCAAUCCCGAAUCUUUGAAGAUGCCUUGGAUUCAAAUGCACGGACUGAUCGAGCAUAUCAAGAAGCAACACAGCCUCGGGAAGCCCGUUCCGGAUGCCUUCAGCACCAAGUUGCAACGACGGCUGGCGAGUACGCUGCCCCCUCGACCCAUAGUGUACCUUAGCUUCGAAGAGACGCAUGAGCACUUUAGGCGACUGUUCAAGGACGGGAAGGAAAUUAUGGACGUUCUGAAAUAUUCAGACCCGCAGAGCCUUCUGACCUUCGUCUCUACCUUCCAAGCAAGAAAACCUCAACCUCUACCCUGCAUCAGGACUUUAUUACAAAAUCUCAUGUUUAAAGACAAUGUCUUCCUAGGAUCGUAUACGAUUCGUCAACUGAUCGACCACGACUUAUCCAUAGUGUCUCUGCCUUGCGCGACCCAGCUAGAUCUGGCGAAUGAUACGAUAGAGGUUCCGACGGAUCCGCGCCACCGGACAUCGAACGAGAUGACCAUCUUCCGUCAACGGGUCGAAGAGUGUUACCUAGAUGUCUUCAGAAUAUUCUGUCAGAACAGGUGCCGAGUCAGACGAACACUGUGCCACAACAUACAGGCCUGGGAUGCUCUCCAAGCCGAUGUGGAGGAGAUUGACACCCGUCUUCAAGAGUUAUUGGCCGAGAAGCCAUUGCAGACAGAGAGUGGAAGUGUAGGCUACUCUUUACCAUUAUCUUCGUGGGCCUAUUUGUACAAGCUUCGACAGAUGGAGUGGAUAGUUCAGCUUGGAUUCGAGCUGUCCGUAUACCAGACAGACGAACUGGCCGGGAUGUAUUGGUACGUGAACUACCUGGCCAAGACCAGAGCACAACACGGGGACCGUAUCAAGACGUUCGUAAUGCGCAGUCUCACCGCAUCCCGCGCGUCCAAUUCCUAUACAGCAGCGAAGGACAGAGAAUACAUGCGAACACUCUCGUACAUAAGAGCCACGAUGCUGGACGCAGCUUGCACGUGGGAGUUUGCCGACGGUCUCUGCUGCCUCUACACGGUGCUCAACCGCCUCGGGCUCAUCAAGUCCCCACCGCGACCCUACAGCAAUGACGCGCUCCGCUACGAGAUCCGCAUGAAGCCCUUCAUGACCAUUGGGCUCCCACAGCUGCCCACAUUUGACGAGUUCACCAAGGCCACGGCCCAACCGGAGACGGCGGUAGACGCAUUGCUGACUUACGCAGAAAGUGCAGUCGGUGGGGCGAAGAAGGGAUACGAGGCGCUGAGCAAGAUGACAGACGGGCAGACGUUUUCUGUGGGGUGUCAUGGUCGGUGGUUGGCUAACGUGAAGGAUUGCCUCAAGGCGGCUAUCUCGGCGGGGAUUGCGGUUACGACGCUGCAGAAGACGAUUGCGAAGGUUGGGGACGGGGGGGAGUUGAAAUUAAAGGUGGAGAUGCCGGAGGCUGGCAAAGGGUAUCAUGACUGGUGGAUUGUGCCUAAGAUCGUACCUACAGGUUGA